UUGAUAGGGGUAAAUCAUUUGCCAUCAGAGUGGAAAGAGUGCAGUGUGGUAGACAAAAGUGGACAGACAAGUUAAUCAACAACGUUUCAAUUUUGUUAAAUAAUAUGGUGAAAUAAAUAAAGAUCGUAUUAACUUUUUUUAUGCGUGGAUUUAAGAAGCAGGAAAGAGGCAAAAUAAAGGGGACUUAAUAAAAAAAAUUACAGUUUUGUACACAUAGGUACAUAUUUUUGAAAUGCUGUCUAUCGUUGUUCUAGCUAAUACCUUAUAAAUCCUGGUGUAUGCUUUGAGUGGCGUGUAACCUUUUAAAAGAACGUGAAGUUGUGAUAGUCAUAAAAAGUGAAUCACUUACCACUAGCUGCCUCGUCGCUGGAUCACAUUUUUGACCCUUGAACGAUGUGGGAUUUUAAAUUUGUACGAUCGUGAAAUUAUAUCCUAACCGUGAAACCAUUAAUCAAUGCCAAAACACUGCCAAGAUGACGACGUUAAGUAAAAUAUUUAGUUACGAGCAAAUGCAAAACAUAUGUGGAGAGUUUAAGCGAUUAAAAGGCCGAUGCUACCUAGACAAUGCUGGCGCUGCUUUGUUCCCAGAAAGCCUUUUACAUCUUGUCAAUGAUGACUUACUAAAUAAUAUGUACAUGAACACACAUACAGACAAAUAUACAGCAGACUGUGUUGAGCAAGUGAGAUGUAUGGUUUUAAAGCAUUUUAAUACAGAUCCAUCAGAAUACACUUGUAUAUUUACCUCAGGAGCCACCCAGUCACUCAAGUUAACUGCAGAAUCAUUCCAAUUCACUAGUGAUGAUAAUUCCAACUGUGGUUCAUUUGUAUACCUUCAAGAAAAUCACACAUCUGUUCUCGGACUCAGAGAAAUUGCAAAGAGUAAAAACGCAGAUGUGAUUCAUAUUUCACACGAAAGCUUCUUAGAUGCUUUGAACACUUCAAAACCUCAAACCUGGAAGAAACAAAAUAAAAAUAAAGGCAACACGCUUUUUGCAUACCCAGCACAGAGUAAUUUUAAUGGAUACAAGUAUUCCAUAGACUGCAUUGACAAUAUAAAAAAUGGCUGCCUCAAUCAUUGUUUAAAGAAACAACUGUGCACUUUAAGUAAUAACUGGUAUGUGCUGCUUGACACUGCAUCAUAUGUGCCUACAAAUAAACUAGAUUUAUCUAAGAUCCAGCCUGAUUACUUGUGCCUAUCUUUUUACAAAAUAUUUGGCUACCCAACCGGGUUAGGAGCACUAUUAAUAAAGAAUAGUAGUGCAAAUGUUUUAAAUGAUAAACAGUACUUUGGCGGAGGUACAGUGGACAUUGUUUUGAGUACUGAAGAUUUCCAUAUGAAAAGGACAGUCCUUCAUGAAAGGUUUGAAGAUGGCACUGUCAACUUUUUAUCGAUUCUUGCCUUGAAACAUUGUUUUGAUACAAUGCAAAAAUUAAUACCAAAAGUAAUUAAUGAUGACAUUAUGGAUUCUAUAUCAUAUCACACAUUCUCCUUGGCUCAAGACCUCUAUGAACAACUGAAGAAUCUCAAGCAUCCGAAUGGUGCGCCAGCAGCUGUUUUAUAUAUGGAUGACCAGUUUACUGAUAUUAAGAAACAAGGAGCUAUUGUAACAUUCAACCUGUUGAGAGAAGACAGAACAUUCAUUGGAUAUGCAGAGUUCCAACAUAUGGCGGAGCUUUUCAACAUAAACGUGAGAACCGGCUGUUUCUGCAACUCAGGCGCCUGCCAACGCCAUUUAAAAGCGUCCAACAAGGACUUGAAAGACAUGUUCAAAGCUGGCCACAAAUGUGGAGACCAAGUGGAUUUACUUCACGGCAAACCUACGGGAGCUAUAAGAGUUUCUUUCGCGUAUUACAACACGUAUAAUGAUGUCGACACACUGGUUCUCAUGAUCUGCCGUUGCUACCUCAAAAACAAAUACAGAAAACCAAACCGUUACCCUACCAAUAAUAUCAUAACUGUACAGAAUACACUGUACCAAGACGAUACUUUGAAAAUUCCAAUUGAACUCCUAGAAACCGACGAUGUUACUGAUUCUCCGCAAUUAGAAUCUAAAAUAAAAUUAAUAGAAAUGAAUGUAUUCCCCGUAAAAUCAUGUGGGGCAUUCAGAGUUACAAGCAAAUGGAAAAUGGGGCCGAAAGGCUUCGAAUAUGACAGGGAAUGGAUGAUUGUGAAAGACAAUGGAGUAUGUUUGACUCAGAAACAAAAUAUGCUGAUGUGCAUGAUAAAACCGAUAAUAGACUUAAAGAAAAAAUUGUUGAUAUUGAAUUUUAAAGGCAAGGAUCCCAUUUCAAUACCUCUAUACCCCUCAUCAGAAAGUAAACUAAAAGAAUCCAGGAUUUGCAGCUCCAAAGUCUGCACAGACAUUGUCCAAGGCAUAGACUGUGGAGAUGAAGUGGCUGACUGGAUAUCUGAAGCUCUAGAAAUCUCCUACUUGCGACUAGUGAGACAGUCAACAGACAGAAAAAUAAAAAAGAAAGGUGAAUCGGAAACCAAGUUACUCUCUCUAAGCAAUCAAGCACAAUUCCUUCUUAUUAAUAAGGCAACAGUCAGAUGGCUUAAGGAAAAAAUCGAUGAUCCGUUUUUCACUGAUGACGUAGAUCAUUUAACUGAUCGGUUUAGAGGAAAUCUGAUUAUAGAUAUGGAUGAGGAGCUUCUUGAGAGAGAUUGGCAGCGAGUAAUUAUUGGGAGACAGGAAUUUAAGGUGGAAGGCCAAUGUAACCGCUGUCAAAUGGUUUGUAUAGACCAGUCUACCGGUGAGAAGACUGUGGAACCCCUUAGAACAAUCUCAGAACAAUUUGGCGGGAAACUGCGAUUUGGAAUUUAUUUAACAUAUAUUGGUGCAACUGACGGGCCUAGUGAUAGCACGCUGAAAACAAAAUCACCAGUCAAACCAAUAAUCAAUGAUGAUAAUAUAAGCAGGUGAAAUUAAUUAGGAAAUUAGUUACGCUAAUUUUACAAAUAGAAAUGUUUGUAUGCACUUUAGUUGUUUAUUGGUGUUAAAGAUAUCUGGUCUUCACUAGAAUUUAAACUCAAUGGCACUAAAAAACAGGUCUCACAAAUUCUAUACAAAGCUAAGAAAUAAAACUUGCCUCCCGAGUUUGUCAGCUAAAAGAGAAAGCACUAUAUGUAUUAUGGUAUCUAAUUUGUCAAACAUCUACUUUUGAUAACCAAAAUUACCGCAUAAUGUAUGAAACCAUGUCAUCUGCAAUAGCUGUCCAACUCAAAGCACAACUUUGUUUUAGACAUUAUUAUACAAUCAAUGAAUCUCUAAUGCAACUUGACCAAUUUUUAUUGCUAUUGAGUGUAUCUUUAUGUGAGAGGUUGUAAAGUUUGUAGACUUAUGUUUAGCUUAAUAUUGUUAGGUAUGUGCUAACAGCUAUGCAAGUCCAAUUAAUAAAAUACAUUUUGUAUGAACACUGGAUUGAGUCAAUAGAACAUCUAAACUGGACAAGCUGUGAAAACAUUCCAUGUAUGACAAUUUGUAGACUAUUGAUUACAACAUUGCGCCUUAAAGUAUUUUUAUAUUUGGUUUAUUGUUAGAUAUUAUAAGAAGCUAGACUCUGACCAGUGACCACACUUACUUUGCACACUUGGCAAUAAGAAUGCAUACAUAUAGAAUGCAUAUAAGUUUCAUGCUUGACAUAACACUUGGACUGAAAAUGAUAAAUACAGAGCCCAUUCUGUACUAGGUGUUGUUUAUAACCUGCAAUAUGUUAUAAUGUGAAUAUAAUUAGGUCAUACUGAGUAACUAUUACUUGCUUUUACUAUGGGACCAAUCCGGAAGUCGGGAAAAAAAUUGAAAAAUAUACGAAAAAGUCAAUUUUUUUUUCAUGGUUGGUCCCAUAGUGAAUUUGCUCAGUAUGUCAUGUAUAUGUAAAUAUGUAUUUGUAUUAUCCUGGAUCAGCUACAUUUGCGAACACUAUAAUUUUUACUUUCUUUUGGCACAUUAAGUGUAGCUCUAAGAUUUAUUGCUAUUUUCAUAAUGGCUGGGAGGUCAAACUCGAUAAAUCAAAAUAUUUUUUCAUUCAAAUUAGAACUCUAUGUAUGUCACAUAUAGUUCCAAUUUAAAAAAGCCUUUUGGUCGAGUUAUUUGGUUCAAGCACCAGCCCCUCAAAUUAUGUAUUAAAUAUAUUAUCUGAUGGGACAUUUAUUUCUUAUUUUCACAGAUGUGUAUGAAUACAUUUGUUUAUAUGGAUUUUUAUUACAAAAAUUCAAAUUAUUUUUUUUGUUUACAGGGUCAAAUAGAAAUUUGUUUAUAUUGAUUUUUAUUGCAAAAGUUCAAGUUAAUUUCUUUUUGUUUACAGGGUCAAAUAUAAGUUCCUAUGUAUUUCAUAACAUAAGGUACUGUUAUUCAUCAAAGUAUUUGGAAUGGCAUUACUAUGCCUGGAUUUUUGGAUAAUAGUAAAAUGAAAAUCAUAUUAGUUUUGAACUUGCCUUAUUAUUAAGAUGCAUUUAAGACUAGUUUGUUACAGGGAUUUUCAAAGUUAUAGUUAAAUAUAUACAUUAUAUAUUUUAUAAAUACAUAUUAUGAUAUAACACA